AUGGCUACCUAUGCAGUAAACAUGAUAGUUUAUAUUUUGAUGUUUUUGUCGAUCAUUACAAAAGAUGUUGGUGGUUCUGCUAUUUGUUGGACGAAAACUGAUCCAGAACACAUUCGUAUAGCAUUAAGACCUACUGGUGUGACAAUAUCUUGGACAACAUGUGGGUAUUGGGAUUUUUGGAAUUUAAUAAACGAUACACCAACACCUCAGGUGGCUUAUGGUACUGAUCCAAAAGUAUGUGACAAACUAUCAUCAUAUAAUUUCACAACAUCAUACAAUCCAUAUCCAAUUGUUAAAAGAUUUUUUCACAAUGUUUAUCUGGAUAAUCUUGAUGCAGGAACGAAAUAUUAUUAUAAAAUUCAAGAAACAGAAAAAUGUGUUCGAGCAUCAAGCAUUCUUUCUUUUACUACGGCUCCUCUUAUCAUUAAUUGUGAGUUACAACCGAUUAAUAUUUCAAUAGUUGGUGAUUUGGGUUUAAAUACUUAUUUCAAUAAUUAUGAAGCUGAACAAACUAUAAUUGCUAUGAAAAAAUAUAUUAGUAUUUCAAAUUUUUUUAUGCAUAUUGGUGAUAUUUCCUAUGCAGAUCUCUAUGGAGCUAUCGUUAAUUUUGAUUUCUAUGAAGAUACAUGGAAUCGAUUUCAAAAGGCCAUUGAACCAAUUACAUCCAUUAUGCCUUAUCAAGUUUUACCAGGAAAUCAUGAAGCAACAUGCUUACAACUUAGUGACAAAGUAUGUCCACAGCAUCUAAAAAAUUUUACUGCUUACAAUAACCGAUUUCAUAUGUCUGGUGAAUUGAGUGGUGGUUACAAGAAUAUGUGGUAUUCUUACGACUACGGUCAAGCACAUAUAGUUAUGAUUAAUACAGAAACCGAUUUUAAAGAUGCACCAUCUGGACCAGGAACAACUCUGAAUGCAGGAAAUUUUCUUGGUAUUGAUAGUCAAUUAGCAUGGUUCGAGCAAGAUCUUAUAGAAGCUAAUAAGCCAGAAAAUCGAGCCGAAAGACCAUGGAUCAUUGUUGCUGGUCAUCGACCAAUGUUUGGUAGUACUUCGAAAGCUCAGGUACAAAUUGCUGGAUAUCCAAUCAUUGCACCAUCAGACAAUUGUGCGGCAUGUCGAGAUGCUUUCUUACCCAUUCUCUGCAAAUAUGGUGUUGAUUUCUUCAUGGCUGGUCAUGUUCAUUGGAUGGAAUUAUUAUAUCCACUGGAUUGUAAUGGUGAUGUAGUGGCAAACCAUUUCAAUAAUGUAGAUGGUGUUAUUCAUGUAACGAAUGGAGCAGGUGCUGCACCAACAGGUGCAGAAACAGUUGAUACAGCAGAUAUGUAUCGUCGAGCAUUCUUUUUUGGUGGUUAUGGUUUUCAGCAGUUAGAAAUCAAAAAUUGUACGCAUGCAACUUUACAUUUUAUCGAUUCAUCGACAAAACAAAUUAUCAAUUCGACUGAUGUUGUUCGUUCUCGUUCAGCAAAUAACAUUUAA